CAGGAUGUGGGUGAACAUCUACUGCUGCCUGUUAGCUCUGAGCGGCCAUGCCACAGCAGGUUUAACCCGGGAAGUAGUUACAGAGGGGACGCAGCUCGCUGUGCGCUGUCCUUACUAUCUACAGGGUAAAGUGAGGUGGAGCAGAGAGAGUGGAGGAAGCACAGCUGACAUACUCACUGUUGAUGGAGACAGAAGUACAAAACACAUCAGUGAUCCACAGAAACGAUACGAUUCACAGGCUGACGGGUCUCUGAUCAUCCUCAGAGCUGCUCCCUCAGACUCUGGCAGAUACUUCUGUAAUAGUUACCUGGCAGAGGAGCUGACAGUGAUCCCAUCAGGAACAAUAAGACGCCGCGUUGAAGAGAGAGGCAACGUCUUACUGAGAUGUCCUGGUGAUGUUGGAAGAUCAGCUGUUCCAACAUGGAGACGAGACUCUGGAGAAAUAAAUGAAAGAAGGAUGUAUUUUUCCCGUAGAGACAAAACAUUAACAAUAAGAGAAGCUGAGCCUGCUGACUCUGGACUGUACUACUGUGGUGGGAAACCAGCUGCUUAUGUGACUGUGACCAAAGGACAGAGAUCUGACAGAGGUGAGACACACGAACCUCUGACCAUCAAACAUGAAGCCU